AUGGGGGUUAUUGGAUGGGCCCGCUGGCUGAAACUCGAAGGGUCUAAGUGCAAAGGGCAGCUUUUGAUUUUUGGGGCGACCAACUGGGACUUGAUCGGACGGAAGGAAGUCCCUAAACAGCAAGCUGCUUACCGCAACCUUGGUCAGAAUUUGUGGGGGCCCCAUAGGUAUGGGUGCCUGUCGGGAGUCCGGGUGCGGACUGUGGUUUCGGGUUCGUGUGCUGCCCACAGCCUCCUCAUCACCACAGAAGGGAAACUGUGGAGCUGGGGUCGGAAUGAAAAGGGGCAGCUGGGCCAUGGUGAUACCAAGAGGGUUGAAGCCCCCAGACUCAUUGAGGCCCUCAGUCACGAGGCUAUCGUGCUGGCAGCAUGUGGGCGUAACCACACCCUGGCGUUGACAGACACUGGCUCUGUGUUCGCCUUUGGAGAGAACAAGAUGGGGCAGCUGGGCCUCGGGAACCAGACAGAUGCCGUCCCAAGCCCUGCUCAGAUCAUGUACAAUGGGCAGCCGAUUACCAAGAUGGCCUGCGGGGCUGAGUUCAGCAUGCUGAUGGACUGCAAAGGCAACCUCUAUUCCUUUGGGUGCCCUGAGUAUGGCCAGCUGGGACACAACUCGGAUGGGAAGUUCAUCGCCCGGGCACAGCGGAUAGAGUAUGACUGUGAGCUGGUACCCCGGCGGGUAGCCAUCUUCAUCGAGAAGACCAAGGAUGGGCAGAUCUUGCCUGUCCCGAAUGUGGUGGGCGCGACCCAGAUCUACGCGGGCUACACCUGCUCCUUUGCUGUCAGUGAAGUGGGUGGCCUGUUUUUCUGGGGGGCCACCAAUACGUCUCGUGAGUCUACCAUGUACCCGAAAGCAGUGCAGGACCUCUGUGGCUGGCGGAUCCGGAGCCUCGCCUGUGGGAAGAGCAGCAUCAUUGUGGCAGCUGAUGAGAGUACCAUCAGCUGGGGUCCGUCGCCAACCUUCGGGGAACUGGGAUAUGGGGACCACAAGCCCAAAUCUUCCACUGCGGCUCAGGAGGUGAAGACCCUGGAUGGCAUCUUCUCAGAACAGGUGGCCAUGGGCUAUUCACACUCCUUGGUGAUAGCCCGAGAUGAGAGUGAAGCCGAGAAAGAGAAGCUCAAACGGCUGCCCGAGUACACCCCACGCACCCUCUGAGGCAGGGUGGCACCCCCCGUGGCAGCUGUCGUUUUCACGUGCACUGGGACCUGAAGUCAGACAAGGAAUUUAGGAAGCAAAAGUUGACCGAAGGUGCACUGGGUCAGCCUCCCUGCGGUUCCAUCUCCAAGGAGUCAACAUUAACUACCUUUUUCUGUAUGCUUUCCAAAGUGGUUUUCCCUCAUUGUUUAUUAAAACAUUUGCUCAUA